UCCGUCUGGCUACAGUUUGCUACAAAUAAUUCUAGCAUCGAUAGCAGCAACGAUUCUCAUGAUUGUAGUUGUAGUUGGUAAUGUGCUAGUUAUAAUAGCCAUUGCCACUGAAAAAGCCCUGAAAAGCAUACCAAAUUGGUUUAUCGCUAGUCUAGCUGUUGCUGAUUUCUGUCUCGGUCUUGUUAUAAUGCCCUUUUCCCUGGCCAAUGAGAUCAUGGGCUAUUGGAUAUUUGGUUAUUGGUGGUGUGACGUAUACUCAGCGAUGGACGUGUUACUGUGCACUGCGAGCAUAAUGAAUCUAUGUCUCAUAAGUUUGGACAGAUUUUGGAGUAUAACACAUGCUGUGGCGUACCUCAAAAAGAGAACACCGGUACGUGCUGUACUCAUGAUAGCACUCGUAUGGUUGCUAUCAGCUCUAGUGUGUAUACCACCGUUACUUGGUUGGAAGAGGCCGAGGGUCGAGGAGGAGUAUCCAAAGUGCAUGUUGUCCGAGGAUAUUGGAUAUGUGCUGUAUUCGGCACUCGGUAGCUUCUACCUGCCAUCAUGUAUAAUGGUAUUUGUAUACAUAAGAAUAUAUUAUGCUGCCAAGCAGAGGGCGAGACGGGGUAUACGGAAGCAGCCGCGGCCGCGUCGAACAGCGCCUCCAGAGUCACCGGAUAUCCGUCAGACUAGUUUCACCCAGUUAACACCGGCAACAGACUCGAGACAGUCGCCGGGAAUUACCAUCAUCGAGAAUGUUGCCACCAUUGAGAGCCCCCAGGUGCAAAUACCCAUUGUAACGUGUGAUUAUGCAAGUGAUGUCAGCACUUCGGAGGCUGAUCCAACGGUCAAUCUUGCUUCCGAGGAGAAGGAUACGUUGAAGGUGGGAAUGCCGAUGCCAAUGCAAAAGCUCAAUCUCAAAGCAACCCUGUCAGCGAACGGUGAUGGAAAGCCAUCUCCAAAUGCACCAGCCCGUUGUCGUGCACCGAGUGUCGGAAUAGACGUAGACAUGGUUUCGGAAUUUGAGCCAUCAUCAUCGGACAGCGGAGUUGUGUCAAAGUGCGCUGCAGUGAAGCCCCUGAAGCUGCGGAUAUGUCGGCCAAUAUUCGGUAAGAAAGCAGUGGGCAAAGUAAAAAAGGAACCGAGUAAUGACCCUCGUCAUGGCAAUCGCGAUGGGAUUUCUGUUGAAGCAAAAACACCAAAAUACAGGGAUCCAGAGCGUGAGAAGCGACGAAUAGCCAGGAAAAAGGAGAAGAGAGCGACACUCAUAGUGGGCCUUAUAAUGGGCAGUUUCAUAGCCUGUUGGCUACCAUUUUUCUUUCUUUACAUUAUCAAACCCAUGCUACCGAGGGUAUCUAUUCCAGGACUCGCAUCCACCAUAGCAUUCUGGCUCGGUUACAUGAACUCCGCCCUCAAUCCAGUUAUAUACACUGUAUUCAACAAGGAUUUUCGCCGAGCGUUUCGCCGAAUAUUAUACAAAUGA